UAUAUAAGGAGAUAUAUUUAUUUCUUUUCUUUUCCUUCUUGUUAUUUACUAACAUGUUAUCCUUAACUACAACGGCAGUAGAUCUUCAAUUACAACAAGAAGGAGAGCGUACAUUAGCUAUAGUAACAUAUAGUGACAAAUUAGAUGAUAUAAUUCAACAUAUAGAAUUGAAUGGUUUUCGUAUAAUUGAGACAAAGACUUGUCAUCUUACUGUAAAAGAAGCUAAAGAGUUUUAUACAGAACAUCAAAAGCAAACCUAUUAUGAUAAAUUAGUCAAUUGGUUAAGUAGCUUCACUGUAUGUGUUUUUAUUUUAGAAAAAGAAAACGCUAUUCAAGAUUGGAAAGAUUUAAUGGGUCCUGCAAAUUAUAAGAAAGCAAAAAAAGCAAAUCCAAAUUCUAUUCGUGCUUUAUUUGGUGAAAAUAUAUCACAAAAUGCUACACAUGGAAGCGAUUCAGUAAUAAAUGCUAAAAAAGAAAUUGAAUUCAUGUUUAGGCCAUUUACUACUGCUUUAUCAAAAAAAGAAGGAAACGUCUAUUCACAUGAAUGUCAAAAUAAGUUAAAAAAUACAUUGUACCAUGAUGAAUCUAUUACUCUCCAAGAUCAGGUAAAGGAUACAACUAUCAAUAAACCAUUGUUAGUAGAAGAAGAACUGAUUAAGAUGGAAGAAAUAAUACAAAAUGAUACUAUGAAUCAACAGGAGGCGCAUACUAACAGUGCAACACAACAAGAGGCACAUACUAACAAUGCUAUUCAACAAGAGGCAUAUACUGACACUACAGCUCAACAAGAGACGCAUACUAACAGUACAGAUCAACAAGAGACUCAUACUGACACUGCAGCUCAACAAGAAACUAAACCAUUAUUAAAAGAUAAAAAGGAUAAACAACAAAAAGCCAAGUCAAAUGAAAACUUAAUGAAUGAUAAGCCAAAAAAAUUAUUGAACAAAAGAAAUAGUUUACAACAUUAUCCAACACGUAUCAAAGUUCCUAAUAAUAUCCAUUUAACAAAAACUUCUAGUAAAGAAUCUACUACUACUCUCUUGCCAAAAAAAAAGAAAAAUGAAAGUAAUCAUCCCAAGAAAGAAGGCACAGCUACGACUACACGCCGGCCAAAUAAUAUAACUACUAUUGUUCAACAAGAAGAGAUAAUAACACUACAACAACAACAAACGACGACAUCAUCAACAGUUAAAAGAGGUAUAUCUAAACCUCUUCCUCCUCCUCGUCUAGCCACAACCACAACCACUUCUUCUCUUCUUAAAGAACAACAAGUAAAAAAGAAAAGAAAUAAUACAAAAAGUUUUAUCUCUCGACUCACCACACCUACUGUUGCAAGUUCAAAUAAAAAAGUUUUAACAGAAAAUGAUAAGCUCAAAAUAGCAAAAAAAUAAGAUACUUUCUUACUUAAUAAAAAGCUGAUCUUAUUUACUCCUUUCUAUAAUAAUCUAGACACUAUAAAUUUGUUUCAUUUCAUUAACAAAAAAAAAAA